AUGUUGCUGCUGCUUCUCACGGCGUCCAUCGUCCAGACAGGACCCGUGAUCCGAUCGCGCCGUAUGAUCCGCGAGAUUUAUGUAGACAACGCAGCCUCAGCCCCGACAGCACCAGAAACAACCUCCUCAGAAGCCUCAGGCAAUGGUGCGACCAACAACGCAACGACCGGUGACAUGUGCCUUUACGAUGGUGCGUACGUCGACCGGACCUCGAUUGCGUGCGAAAAGAAGCACGGUUGCCGGGCGAUUCAGAAGACUGGCGAAUGCUGCCCAGACUAUCAGUGUGAAUGUCAGCGAGAUGGCAAGACGUACGCCAACGGCGAGAAAGUUUUCGACCCGAACACUCCAUGCCGAGCCUGUUACUGUCAAGGUGGCGAAAUAACGUGCAGUGAGGUGAGCUGCUACAAACGCAAUGAUUGCGACCCGAAAUACAUUCCCGGUCGAUGCUGCCCGGAGUAUGACAACUGUCCACCGCUUGAAAACUUCAAAAUUACGGACACUGGCACAAAGGAUGGCGCUUCCGGUAACGAACGGCACGACGAGGAAACGAACGAGGUGAAGGGAAACUAUGCGUACGAAGCCGAGGACCUCGCAGGAACCGGACAUCAAAAGCAUCAGACGACGGCAACGACCACCACGACACUACAACCGUCGACUACCGGCAACGGACCGGUCACUCCGGUGAUGUCGAACGAUAACCCACUCGGUAUCAAGAUCAAAGAAAUCACCAAACCGGAAGAAAUCCGUCUGACCGACAACCGCCCCAGUGCGGAAGAACAGCAACAGCAGCAACAACAGCAGCAACAACAGCAACAGCAACAAUUGGCAGCGAGUCGUGAAACGGAAACAUCGACAUCGCAGAGCGAGGAACUCGUAAACCUCGAGCACCUAGACGUGCACGUACCGGACGACGAUGGUGAGAAUGGAACGAAAAUUGUCCGCCACACCGACGGUGACGGUAUGCGACCGGAAAUGGAAAGCGAGGGCAAGGACUCGCAGGCGAGCGAAGAGUCGCUUAAAGCUACCUCGGCGGAAAAUCGGCUGGACUCGAGCGAAUCAUCGACAGCCGGUGCGAUGUCAUCGACCCUGUCGGAGUCGGACGAAUGGAUGGAUGUGAAGGAAAUCGCUGACUCAUCCACUUGGUCGCCUUCCAUUGGCUUCAGUUCCACCACCCAAACGCCCUCGUUGGCUCCAUCGACCAGUGGACCACCACCGGAAGAAGAGCUGGUGUCGGAGAGCAACGUGAAGCCAUCGAAGCAGGAUAACGCGCUACCGGCAGUGGUGCAGAUUGGCGACAAGCUGGUCAUCGUUGACCACAACCAACCGAAACCAAUCACCGUGAUACAGGUGGAAGAGGUCGAAGGGCUGCAGCGUGGUGAGGACGACACCGUGUACGAUCAGGAGAUGUACACUGAGCGGAACCUGCCUACCGUCGGUGAGGCCAGUGGACGUGAGUCAUCGAAGAAGUUGAAAUUGCAUCAGUCGGCUGAGCAGGAGCAGGAAACGCUUUCCACACAAGCGGACUCUAGCAGUGCGUACGAAACGGUGUAUCACUCGGGAUCGACCGAGCUGGCCGGUGGUGGUGCAUCUUCGGAGGAAAUUUUUGAGACUCAGCUGUACACCGAAGGUCCGGGAGAAGGCACCGUGUCGGUGGAAUUCAACGAUACGACCGUUCAACAGCAGGGCGAACCACUUUCCGUCAGUAAGGAAGAGUUUCUACACAUGGGAGCCUCGCAAGAGCCGGCUAAGUUGCAGCAGUCUGAAGAGCAUACGACAAUGGCGGCUGCGAGUGUUUCCAGCUCGUCCUACAGCAGUUCCGAGGAAGGAAGUACUACACUAUCCGAUUUUUCCACGUCACUAAGCUCGGAAGCUUCGGGUGAUGGGAUGAUCUACGAAACUCGUUUCUUCACCGAAGAACCCAAUACAUCGUCAGAAGAAGUAAAAGAACACGGUCCGACAUAUGGAAUAGGUUCAGAGGAGACGUCGACAGCCGGAAAUACGUACAUCCCACGCCAUCCGGUUCCAGUGGCGGAUGAACUUGCACCCCAGCACGAAACCUACAUCGAGGACAACGAGCACGAGCUUAUUCAUCCCGGGUUCCAACCGAUCCCGGAAGACUUUAGCCUACCACAGCUCGAUCAACCUGCGAUGGAGGAAAUGGAACACCACGCACCAGCUGCAAAGAACGGUGAUCCGGCCAAGCAGGAAAAGAUCCUGUCGGAAGUGCUCGAACUCAAGAGCAACACGAGCUCGACGGUGGCUCAUCCUGGCGCAGAAGCAGUUACUACUGAAGGGAUGCCUUCUAGUCAGGAGGAAUCCUCAAACUCACCCGCCUGGUUGAAGGAAGAUCCGUUGCCUCAACUGAGGGCACCCGGAGAACCGUUGUUGAUCCCGGAAUGGGAACGAACGAACGGAACGGGUGGUGCUUCCAAUUCUUCGGAGGAGGAACUAGAUCAGGAUGCGAGCGGUGGUGGCAGUGCACCUGGAGAUUAUCAGGUCCUAAAGCUGGGAUCAGAAGAAUACGUCGAAACUGGUGAAGGUAGUGGAUCUGACACGUCCACAACGGCACGAUCGUCAUCGAAGGUGGAAAGCCUUUCCGAGGAGGACGAGGACGAUAGCAAAUCCGCGGAACCGUCCGAGCCAGAAGUGGCAUCAUCAGCAAAGUCCUCACUCGACAUCGACUCACCUGCAGCGGCGUCGUCAUCGUCGUCGAGCGCGACAGACGAGCAAUCGGACAGCGUGAAGCACAACCCAAAGAACGACGUCGAGAGUUUGAAGUACGACGAGGACGAAAACACCGCCACCGCCGAUGAAGCCAUCCCGAAAAAGGUGCAACAGCUCGACGCGAGUGAACGCGAUGCCACCGGAAGCGGGCAGGCACCUACGCUGACGAGUGUCUGAGUUGGUUGUGGCUGGGAAUAUCUCGUCGGCCAGCAAACCAGGUGCCAGUUAUACUUUCCAUUCGCAUAGCAACUCGAUCGCGCACUCUGCGAGCCAAUACUUUUGCGCAGUAACGUUCACCGGAACGUUGCAGCCUUUUCAGUGCUACGGAUUCACCAAGCCGGUGGUAUUGAUGAAGCAUUUCCGACCAUCCGCUAAGUGCCAUGCAAUUUAAGAUUUCCUCACGAGGUAACCUCCAAACUGAACGAAGACCUUAAACCAUACAAUCCCGCAAUUCAACUUCAUCCGAUCAUCGGUGCUGGUUGUGUGUGUGCAUAAGGCACGGAGGGCUGAUUGGGUGAGAUAUUCUGACGGAACUUUCAGCAAAUUAUUUAUUCGAGCACAAACGAACCCGUAAUCGUUCGGUUCACGUAAUUCGACAUAUAGUUGCGUACUUUACAAUGUAAUUGGGAUCGGGAGUGGAAUCGAUAAGGCGUACGCUGUACGGUAUAUGAAACGAUGAAGAUCAUUGUGUAGAUGGGCCGGUAUGUGAUAAAGAAGGUAACAAUGGGACACCGCCUCAGCUACGAUCCCUGCAUCCUUCGCGGACUUUCCCAGAAAAGCGAGUAAGUUGCGCAAAAUUGUUGGAAACAAAAUUCGCGAGUCCAAGCCAUGCGUACCGGUUUUAGUUUACAUUUAAGAGACUGUUGUGUUUAGGCGCUAGCGAGUACGUAUUUAUUAAAUAUCAUGCUAUUUAUGUUCCGCUGAUCCUUGCACCAACCCCCAUUCAGACGGUCUGUGCGCCAUCGAGCGUUUCAAGGGCCCCACUCCAACUGUUGUGUUGAAAACUCAUUUUUCUCUCCCUUGAUUCCCUUGAUGGAUUAAAAUGACAAAAAAAAAGGGAAUGCAUUUCCUGCAAAAAGCUCCUCAAUAAGACAACGCGCAAUGUGUUGGAUUAGAACGGGAUGAAGCGAAUUUCAUAGGAUUAAGACUAAUGUUAUCGCAAAUAAUGGAACUAACGUGGAACCAGAAGUCAUAUCGUUAUCUGUAUGGAAGUCUCCCUGCGGGACGGUGUCGUUGGGAUGACCGGAUGGAUUACACAUUCGUCCGUCUUACGCACAAGGCAAGCAAACAGCCUGCUGGCUAUGAAACUACCGGGGGCCAUGCAUCCGUAGGGUUAGUGCAUUUCCAGUACGUUGGGAAUAGUUGGGAAGGAAGCAUUUUUUAUUCAAAGAAAAUAUGUUUUACUAGUAUCCGAUACACGAUUCUAUAAAAUUUAUAACAAUGCCACACUAAUUAUCAUUAGUCCCUUAACAAGUGUCUGUUGAGCGUAGGAAUACGAACUACAAUUACGUGCAGUAAAUAUGCCUAAGAGCGUAGCAGUCUAGGUGGCGUAACUAGUUAGUGAAUUUAAUAUUAUUCAAACUGUAAAAAAAAACAAACACACACACGUAUGGAUUACGCGGAAUGGAAUAAAUAUUUCUACGAAGGUACGAG